AUGGCACUCCCCCCCACCGACCGCGCCUACAACCCCUCCGACCCCCUCGCAACCUACGUAUCGGCCUCGUGCCUCGACUUCCUUCUCAUCGAGCUCGUGCCCCUGGCACAGCGCAUGGCGACCGAGAUCGCCGAGCGGGAGGAAGAGUGGACGCGGGGCAGCCUCACAGCUUCAAGCUCGCAAUCGCAACGACAAGGAGGUGGUGGGGAGAGCAUACGAGGGAGUGGGGCUGAUGGGGGCAGUAGUGGAGGGGUAAGAGCAGGAGGGCUAGACGAAGAAGAGCUGCGCGAGGCCAUGUUCUACCGGCUCGAGAUGCUAGGCUAUAGAGUCGGGCUGGGGGUUGUCGAACGCUUCUCCCGCGACAAACCCCGCUUCAACGACACCCUCGACGUGAUCAAAUUCCUCUGCAAAGACCUCUGGACCCUCGUCUUCCGCAAGCAGAUCGACAACCUCAAAACCAACCACCGCGGCACCUACGUGCUGACCGACAACACCUUUGCGCCGCUGCGGCGCAUGAGCGUCGAGAAGGGAGUUGAUGGGACGCUUGCGAGGGCGCAGCCGUUCCUCUUCUUCCCUGCGGGCGUGAUACGCGGUGCGCUAGCCAGCUUGGGCGUCAAUGCUACGGUGCAGGCGGAGACGAGUGCGCUGCCGGGCGCAACUUUUCAGAUACGGACGGUGGGAGCGAAGCCUUGA